AUGUCUUCAGAAAUUAAGAAAGAAGAAAUUGAUUCCAAAGAAGAAGAAGCAGCGGUAAAAGAAAUAUGGAAAUAUGUUUUGGGUUUCACUCCAAUGGCUGUAGUUAAGUGUGCCAUUGAGCUCAGGAUACCCGAUAUUCUCCAAAAACAUGACACCCCGAUGACACUUACCAAACUUGCAUCCGAGCUCGGGUGUUCAUCAUCAUCCUUGUAUAGAAUCAUGAGGUUCUUGAUCCAGUAUAAGAUAUUUCAAGAAAAGCCCAUAUCAGACACAUCCAUUGGAUACGCUCUAACACCUUUGUCCCGGCUUCUAACGAGGCAUGGAAAACAUAGCAUGGCUGAUUUGGUGCUUUUAGAGAGCACUCCGGUCAUGUUAGCAGCAUGGCACAAGCUAAGUGCUAUGGUUUUGGGCAGCCAAAACACGCCUUUUGAGGCAGCACAUGGUGUUGAUCUAUGGAAAUUCGCAGCCGCAAAUCCUAGUCAUAGUAAGCUCAUUAACGAUGCCAUGGCUUGUGAUGCUCGGAAUGCCGUGAGGGCGGUGAUCGAGGGUUGUCCGGAGGUGUUUGAGGGGCUGAAGACGGUGGUGGAUGUUGGUGGUGGUGAUGGAACGGCUCUAGGAUUGAUUGUUGAGGGUUGUCCAUGGAUCAAAGGGAUUAAUUUCGAUCUGCCUCAUGUUGUGUCAGUGGCUCCUGCAUGGAAAGGUGUAGAACAUGUAGGAGGCAGCAUGUUUGAUCAUAUUCCAAAAGCUGACGCUGCUUAUUUGAUGAAAGUAUUGCACGAUUGGGGAGACGACGAAUGCAUUGACAUACUAAGAAAAUGUCGAGAGGCUAUUCCUCAAGAUACAGGGAAGGUGAUCAUCGUAGAGUCAAUUGUUGGACUUGAAGAAAACCAUGACUUUGAAGACGUGGUAUUGAUGCUUGACAUGGUGAUGAUGGCUCAUACAAGCACCGGUAAAGAACGAACUUUAAAAGAGUGGUCAUGUUUGUUUGAUGAGGCUGGAUUCACUCGUUACAGUAUAAAACAAAUUACAAGCUAUCACUCUGUUAUUGAAGUUUAUCCCUGA